AUGGAUAAUGCGCAUGAUCAACAAGCUUACACUGAAAGCUCAACUGUCGACAUAAAAAAUGACCGUGAUGAAGAAAACACACAACAGGCAGACGUUGACAGCUCUUUAUCUGCAACUGUGACAGAUAGUCUUGACCAUAUGCUCCCAAGGGAUAGGGAGAUGAAAACACCGACAUAUGAUUAUGCUUACGAGAAGUCAAUGAGUCACACAGAAGCAAAACUCUUCUAUCAGCAUCAUCAAUUAGUGUCGCGAGGCACUGACACUAGAGAAGAGACGGACGGAAGGCCUCAAGUAGGCGUCCUGGGCUCGAGUAGUUCAACACAGUUCGGCACGCCCACUUCGGGAUACGCUGAAAAUACCAGCACCACUGCCGGUCAGCACCCACUCCGAGAUGAUGCAAUGCAGCAUGAGAUCUCAAAUGAACAAGGAUCACGUUACAUGCAGUUCGCCACUGAGGUUCCAGGUGCUAUCAAAAGUGCUAUGAACAUGACGGGCAGCGGCACGGUUGCCUCGGAAUUAAACAUCAUCUACCGCAAGAUUCGCGGGCUGCUUGACCGACGCGCCGAAUAUAUCCAACUGUCGUCACAGGGUCCUGAGGAUAAUCCCAAAGAUCGUCCCGAUUGGAGGAUUUACCCUCCCCCGCCAGAACCGGCCUGGGAUGCUGAUAGAGAUAAGGGGAAACGAGAAUCCUCUCCCGGUGCCGGACAAAAGAAAAGGAAGAUGGGCCAGGAUAUCGGUGAGGACUUCGACAUGGCUGAAUUCAUUCCGCUCCCGGGGGAGUCAAGUUGGACUUUCAGGCUGGAUGAAAAUAGUGUCUACCAAGUGUACGAAAAUUUCGGGGCUGCGAAUGUGCACAAACCUACCAUCAGAAUACCUUCAUUGCGUGAUUUUUAUAUGGACCUCGAUGCAGUCAUAGAUGUAUCCACAGACGGACCUACCAAGAGCUUUGCGUUUAAACGCCUCUCUUAUUUGGAGGGCAAAUUCCAACUUUACACGCUGCUCAAUGAAUAUCAGGAGAUUGCUGACAGCAAAAAAGUACCACACAGAGACUUCUACAACGUCCGGAAAGUUGACACCCAUGUCCAUCACUCGGCGUGCAUGAAUCAGAAACAUCUCCUCAGGUUCAUCAAAAGCAAAAUGAAGAAGUCACCUGAUGAGGUUGUAUUGUUCCGGGAUGGUAAACAUCUAACGUUGAGAGAGGUUUUUGAAAGCAUAAAUCUGACAGCUUAUGACUUGAGCAUUGAUACGCUCGACAUGCAUGCGCACACGGAUUCCUUCCAUCGCUUUGACAAGUUCAAUCUCAAAUAUAACCCUGUCGGGGAGUCUAGGCUGCGUGAGAUCUUCUUGAAGACGGACAAUUACAUUAAAGGCCGCUAUCUGGCUGAGAUCACAAAAGAGGUCAUCUCAGAUUUAGAGUCCAGCAAAUAUCAAAUGGUUGAGUGGCGCAUCUCAAUAUACGGAAGGUCGAUUCAAGAAUGGGACAAGCUCGCAGCUUGGGUGGUUGACAACAAAUUAUUUUCCCCCAAUGUGCGUUGGCUAAUACAAGUUCCUCGGCUUUACGACGUCUACAAAUCAAGCGGCAUGAUGGAGAACUUCGAGCAAGUCAUCACGAACGUUUUUCAGCCGUUAUUUGAGGUGACCAAAAAUCCCAGCAGCCAUCCCAAACUUCAUAUCUUCCUCCAGCGUGUGGUCGGAUUUGACAGCGUGGAUGAUGAAAGCAAAGCUGAGCGCCGGCUGUAUAGAAAAUAUCCCAUUCCUAGAGAAUGGAAUACGAAACAAAAUCCUCCGUACAGCUAUUGGAUUUACUUUAUGUUCGCUAAUAUCGCGUCAUUGAAUUUCUGGAGGAAGCAACGCGGCUUCAACACCUUUGUUUUAAGACCCCAUUGCGGUGAGGCUGGCGAUCCAGAUCAUCUUGCAGUUGGUUUUCUCUGUUGCCACAGCAUCAGUCACGGAAUACUGCUUAGAAAGGUCCCUCUACUGCAGUAUCUGUUUUACCUCGACCAGAUCGGAAUUGCAAUGUCUCCGCUCAGUAACAACGCGCUAUUCCUGACAUAUGAUAAGAAUCCGUUUGCGAAUUUUUUCAGGCGCGGCCUAAAUGUAUCCUUGUCAACGGAUGAUCCUCUGCAAUUUGCAUUUACCAAGGAGCCAUUGAUUGAAGAAUAUUCGGUUGCUGCGCAGAUCUACAAAUUCAACGCUGUGGACAUGUGUGAGCUCGCAAAACAUUCAGUCGAGCAAAGUGGCUUUGAACUAUCAUUGAAGAAGAGAUGGCUCGGUGCGAGUUGUUCUCUCCGCGGGGUCGCAGGAAAUAAUGUCGCAAAAAGCAAUGUGCCAGACAUUCGUGAACAAUUUAGGCAUGAGACCUUACUUGGGGAGCUUGCGUUGUAG